AAGCACGACCCCUGUGAAGAGGCGAGAAAAGAAACACCAGAAGCUUUAUGGCCGAGGACUCCUCCUGCUAUACAAGUUCCACCGAUUUUUCCAAUUUUACCCUCCAUCUUUCAUCAAAUUCUCCUCCUACGCUCACCCUUCUUCUCCGUUUCCCUCGUAGCUCAGCUGAGUGUUUAGAGAACCAUGGGAGACUCAGUGGAUUUGACUGGGGAUGGAGGUGUGCUUAAGACAAUUGUGCGGCGAGCCAAACCUGAUGCAAUUGCCCCAUCAGAGAGCCUUCCUCUUCUUGAUGUUCAUUAUGAAGGCGUUCUUGCCGAAACUGGUGAGGUUUUUGAUACUACACAUGAAGAUAAUACCAUCUUCACCUUUGAACUGGGCCAGGGAUCUGUAAUUAAGGCCUGGGACAUUGCACUAAAAACCAUGAAGGUUGGUGAGGUUGCAAAGAUCACUUGUAAGCCAGAAUAUGCAUAUGGCAGCGCUGGUUCUCCACCAGAUGUCCCCCCAGAUGCAACUCUUGUUUUUGAGGUGGAGUUGGUGGCUUGCCGACCUCGAAAGGGCUCUAGUUUAAGUAGUGCUUCAGAUGAAAGGGCUAGACUGGAGGAGCUUAAGAAGCAGAGGGAAAUUGCAGCUGCUGCCAAAGAGGAAGAGAAGAAGAAAAGGGAAGAAGCUAAGGCUGCGGCCGCUGCUCGGAUUCAAGCCAAGCUUGAAGCAAAGAAAGGUCAGGGCAAGGGAAAGGGCAAAGCUAAAUAGGAUAUUUAGACAAUGUCCUAUGUAGAAGACGUGUUUUGGAUGUUAUAUGUGGAGUCAUCUACUUUUUAUAAUUUUCAGUAUUCAGAGGACCAAUAAUCUUAUGAGCCAGUUUGAGUUACACAAAAAUAUUAACAGUGGUGUCUUUAAAAUUGUUCUCCAUAUAUUACCAUUUUACUAAAAGAUUUCUUCUAGUUACAAUUUUUCUCACCAUGUCUAGUUUAAUGUGUCAAAUAUGUUCCAUGGAGGUUAAGAUUCUUUUUCGUGUUUAUGCCUGGCUGGUGGUCGGGUUAGUAAAGUCGUACAUCGACAGUAAAUGGUGCUAUAACAAGUCGUAAAUUAUCUUUUCAUUUAGAAUU